GAUGGAGAGAAUGCGCGCGUAUCUCAGUAAGGAUUACAAGAGGAUGUUAGCAAGUGGUUUCGUUUUCUUGUGCCUGUGUCACGUGAUAUGUUCAGUUCAGCCGUACGGCGCCGAUGCCGGGGACACUGCACUGGCGUCAGGGGAGUAUUUUAAUGUGCAGAGUUUUCCUAACUCGAUGCCAUUCUAUGGGAGCAGUUAUUCCACGUUUCAGAUUUAUGAAGAUGGCUUUGUGACUCUUGGAGACAGUACCAUCCGAGAUGUAUACGCCUUGAAGGAUAAAGUCGCUGAAUUCCCCGCAGUUGUCCCGUGGUUGUCAUUGAUGUCUAGCUCCGCUUCCAGUGGAUUAGGCAACGUUUAUUACAGACUGACCACAGAGGCAACCCAGCUGGAGAACAUCGCAACGUUGGCCAGGAGAUUCUCCCAGUUCUCUGACAACUUCCUGCCGACCUACGCGCUAGUGGUCACCUGGGACAAAGUGGGCUGUCUCUACGUCGAGGAUAACAAGCACAGGGUCAACACAUUUCAAAUGGUGCUCGCCACGGACGGAACUGUUACCAUAGCAACGUUUCAGUACCUGGAUAUACAGUGGCUGUACGACGAACCCGACUUCACGUACUACCUUGAUCCCGACUUCCACGACGAAGAACCUCUCAAGCUACAGAUUGGCUUCUACAAGGGAGGGGGUGCUGCAGGGUUCCUGCUACCCCAGUCAUUUUCGUGGACCUUGUGGAGCAUCGUCAAUGAUACGGACGUUGGCACGCCAGGCCUCUACGCAUUUAGACCAGACAUCCACGACAACAUUAACGUCAACAUCGACUCCAACAUCAAUACAAGCUUCAACAGACCAAUUAACAACACCAUCAUCAACAUCAACACCGGCAUCAACAUCAGCAGACCAAACAACAACAACAACAACAUCAUCAACACUAGUUUCAACUGA